AUGACUCUAAUACGUGGAGGAGCAUUCAAGAGAGUGGCUGAUCAGAGCUGGGGACUUCCGAGAGUUCGUUUCAUUCCAAGGAGAACCGUCAAGACAUCGACAGUCGAUUGGAAGCCUAUAAGAUCCAGUAGGACGCCAGAUGAGGAAGAGGCAAGAGGUAAAGGAUACAGCCGUAAAAUUGUGCUGGGGCUUAUGUUUGCGAUGCCAGCUAUUUCGUUUUAUUUAGGUACCUGGCAGGUUCGUAGACUGGAAUGGAAGACUAAACUGAUAGCAAGUUGCGAGAGUAGGUUAGCCUAUAAACCCGUUCCGUUGCCAAAGAGCUUUACUCCUGAGAUGUGCGAAAACUGGGAAUAUCGUAGAGUUACUUUGAAAGGUCGUUUCCUACAUGACGAAGAGAUGUUUGUAGGUCCUCGAGUAAGGAACGGCCAGAAGGGCUACAUGUUAUUCACACCUUUUGUCAGAAAGGAUACUGGGCAGAAAUUGUUGAUUGAGAGGGGUUGGGUCAGUGAAGAGAAAGUAGCACCUGAUUCGAGGACACUAAGGCAUCUCUCCUUGCCCCAGGGCGAUAAUGUUGAAAUAGUGUGCCUUGUCAGAGUUCCAAGAGAGCGUGGGUCGUUUCAAUGGGAAAAGAAGGACAAGUCCUCCAGACUAUGGCAAGUUCCAGACCUUGUUGAGAUGACUGCUAUCUCGGGUUGUCCUCUCAUCCAUUUGCAAGCACUUUACGACCUCAAGGAUCAUCGUUGGGAUCAGGACAGCAGCACGAUCGCACAGCAGAAUAACUCCAAACCAUCUAAAUGGAAAUUCUGGUCCAAGGGAGAGGCGAACGAGACUUCUCCAGAUACUCAGCAACUGCCGUCUACUGCCCAAGUGGAAUUAGGUGAAUGGCAACUGGCCAAGGCAGGUGUACCAAUCGGUAAGAAACCCAAGAUUGACCUAAAGAACAACCAUUUGCAAUACUUGAUUACCUGGUACGGUUUAUCGUUUUUAAGUUCCAUCUUCUUACUGAUCGCUCUAAGGAAGUUCAGACGUGGUGGCGCCAUCUCUCAGGCUCAAUUGAAGAAAGAGAAAUUGAAGCAUGCCCAAAAGUUCAUGUGA